AUGGAUUUCUGGUCGCGCUUAUUGAGCCCUCUCUCAUCUGGGGGCUCCCGCAAGGACCUCGGACAGGAUCCCGCGAAACGAUUACAGCGAUUCGAAAAACAGUACAGCCGCUUAUUAAACGCAUGGAGAGCGUCGUCCAACCUGUCUCGCGAUAGUGACGCUGCAGAAACCCUGGAAAUCCGCCUCCAAGAACUCACCAACAUCCUCAGCGACGAGAGUCGACGACCGUUACCGCAUCCGUGUAUUCAAUACUGCUCCAUCAAGCAAAUUUACGUCCCCAUCGGCAAGAUCGCUACGACUUCAUAUAACGAAUGGAUCAUUAAGGAGGCUGUCCUUUUCUUUGCGACCCUGAUCGAAAGUGAGGAGGAAGCCUUUGUCGAGAACCAGACCUUUUCUUCUAGUCUGACAAACCUCCUCGUGCGAAUUACUGGUGUCAACAGUGUGCGACUGGGCCUCGAUACUGAGUCGCGUGUCGUCGAACUUGCCUUCAACAUCACCACCAAGAUCCGGCUGGACCCAAGCAUUCUCCCAUCAUGGUUCAAGACGCAUCGCGGCGUGGCGCUCCAGAACAGGGAGAAGGAAGACAGAAACCGCGAUGCCUUUGUUGGAAGGACCCAAAAGGCCGACUUUCCUCUCUUCUAUAUCCUCAUGGAAUACAUUCAUCAUGAGGGAAAAGUGGGUGACUUUGCGCGAACAGGAUUGCUCUACAUUAUCGAAGCAGCGUCGAGUUCAGGACCUCUGGAACAAUGGAUUGUCGAAAGCGACUUGUCGACCUUGAUGGCGACAGGUCUUGGCGCCUUGUACAGCCAGCUAAGCCGCAAACUGGUCGUUGACCAUCUCCCUCAUAACCUACCCCCUAUUCUCGCAUUCUCCGAUUACGAACACCCUGCAUCCAACUACGAAGUCAUUAGCUCAUGCUCCCCCGAGUUUCAAUCCCACCUUGACGUUUUCCUAUCUCACCUAUUGUUCUGGCAAGACGUCUUGAACCACUGUCGAUCGGUUGAGGUCAAGUCGACGCUGUUGGAGCACUUUCAAGUUAUUUUCUUGCAACAGUUAUUAUACCCCUCGCUGCUUGAAUCCUCUGAUAUUGACGGAGGCUCGUCAGUAGCUGUUUUGACUUAUCUUCGCCGUAUCCUAGAAUCUCUUGACCACCCUGACAUGAUCAACCUUAUCCUCCACUACCUUUUAGCAUUGCCUGAUAACAUUGCCUCCGCUCGACCUGGCUCCAGCUCGUCUGUCAGUAAGGCUCGCAAGCGAAAGUCGAUGGAUUUAGCCACAAUGUUGGCGGAGAGGGCAGAGCCGGCUGCGACCCCUCUGCUCUUUAACCUGGUUGAUCUUAUUCUCGCAUGUUUGAGAUCACGGAAUCAACAAACGAUUCAUGUUACGUUGCAAUUGGUGUCGGCUAUUCUCAAGCGACAUCACCGCUACGCUGUCGUUACUCUUCUAAGGACUGAUAGCGUGCCGAUUCAGAAUGCUACCCGAACCGUUGGCGCACAAGAGCAAGAAGUAGAAUUUUUCAUGUCGCUGGCAGGGACAAUAGGCGGCGAAGAUGAUUUUGAUGAAGUGUACCAGCUUGUCCUUCGAGAUACUAUGACUAAACUUGAAGCUCAUCCUUGUUCACUGAAGCUUGUCGCGCCGAGGGCGUCUACGAGUAACCCAAGGCUGCCUGACAGUCUUCCUGGAGCACCUAAGGAUGUUGGAGACCAUACUCUUCGGCCAGACGAUCCUCUUCUCAAUUCGCUAUUGGAUCUUCUGGAGACAUUCUUUGUUAAUCAAGUGGAGACGAACCUCUCUGUGACAGAGACGCUCGUUGACUUGGCUGUCUGCGGUUUUAUGAAAAUCGAAGGAUGGCUGACUCGUAAUCCAAACGCUUAUAUUUAUGAUGAUGCCGAGAAGGAGAAACGUACAUCUGAAGGAGAAGAAGGCACAGAGAGCGAUGAUGAUGAUGACGACGACUUGGGAGACCUUCCAUCCCCGACAGCAGAACAAAAACAACUUCAAGCUAUGGAACAAUGCCGCCAACGACCGCAGUGGUCCCAAGCUUCAUUACCGCGUGUUUUCAGUGUUCUCAGACGAUUGGAGGAACAAGUAGCUUCGUACAAGAGAAGCAUUCCCCACUUUGACGAGUUGGUGCAACAACGACGCGAUGCCUUCAGGACUGCGGAUGCAAUGUUACACCAUGCGGGUCCCACGCCAAGGCCGACCCCCAUAAGUGAAGACCCCCCUGAUCGACGCAGCUUCGAAGGGCCAUCACGCAACGCAUCCCCUUCCCGGCCGUCGGCACUGGAAGGCCUGGCGCACCGUCUUCUGUCUGAAUUGGGAACCCCAAGCCGCACGACCAGCCCGCGAGGACGUAAGGAGCUUGGCCGUACGCCCGGCAGCGGAAAUGCGACCCCUGGAAAAUCUGGUCUGAGUUCUGCAAAGGAGGCAUCUCUUAGUCAGGGACGAGGCACUCCAGUGCUGACUCACUCUCCGGAGAGGAUACAGAACACUAUCGACCCAACGCAGAAGGCUAGGGAAGAGGUGAUUUCUCGACAGACGGCUGAGUUUGCGACUAUGGGCCAAACUAUCCUCUCUAAGAAGGUGGGAUUACCAAAGGUCGAAGUCGAGCCUAUUCCUACUGUGGCUGAUAAAGAGUUGGUGCCCGAACCGACGCAAACCGCGGAUGAACCACAGCGUUCUGAAGAAGUUCCCGCUGAACAGGAUGAUACGAAGAAGGAAGAACCAGAGCACGCUGAAGAGGUUUCAACUGAACUGGAUGACGUCAAGAAAGACGAAGCAGAGGAUUCUGUGACUGAAACUACAGAGCAACCUACCACCGAAGUUAAGGAGGACGAGGAAACGAAGCCUGAAGGUGUCGAGACCGAGACUGAAGUUCAACCUUCUGAGGCCGAACCUACUGAGGCUGUGCAUGAACCAGCUGAGCUGCCCAAGUCUACUGGGGCAGAAGAUGAAGAUGCCAAGAUAGCCGACGUUCCCGAGGAAAAUGAACCUGCUAAGGAGCCAGAAACACAGGAGCCGGAAGCCCAAAAGCCGGAAGCCAACGAACCUGAGACAUCUGAGACUAGUGAACACGAGGUCAAGGAGUCUGAGGUUGAGGAUCCAGAGGUCAAGGAACCCGAAGCCAAGGAUCCAGAGGUCAAGGAACCCGAAGCCAAGGAUCCAGAGGUCGAGGAGUCAGAGACCAAGCAGUCAGAGACCGAGCAGUCAGAGACCGAGCAGUCAGAGACCGAGCAGUCAGAGACCAAGGAGUUGGAGGCAGAGGAGCCUGCACCAAAGGAUCCCGAAACCGAGGAUGAGGCCGAGGCACAGCAACCUAAGACUAUCAACACUGAAAUCGAGGACCAUGAAGUUGAGGUGCCUGAGCCUGAGACUCCUCGACCGAAGUCUCGACAGGUGGAAACUCUCGAGCCAGAAACCCCUCAGCCUAGAGAGCAAAGAGAGAACACAACGACUGUGUCGGUCUCUCACGUUGUUACCAACGUGAUUAUCUUGCAAUCCUUCCUCUUUGAGCUUGCUGCUCUCGUUCAAGUCAGGGCAGGCUUAUUUGACGAGGUGCGAUUUGUGUAA